AUGCUUGAACACGAACGAUUACCAGUAGCGAUUGAGGAAGAUGGUAGUGUCUGUGUCACAGCAUGUUGUCCGUCACCAGUUCAGACUCGUUUAACAUGCCUAUACCCUGUAUCAGUUCCUACGUGGACCGAUCUACUUCCAGGUCGUUACAAUUUAACAUGUCGCAUCCGAUUACGGCGUCAGCCCAUUGAUCAUAAUUCUAACACUGUUGGUCAGGUUAUCGGUCGACCGCUGCUUGACAUCGACUUAUUUGGUGAUCGAGCUCAUCUUGGUGGUAAAUGGGUGAUGCUCAAACGUCCUUGGUUUGAACAAGAAUAUAGCAACCAUGGUGAUGAUAGAUGGUUUUCUACUGUUCUAAUCAAUGAUUUCGUUCUAGACGACAUUUCCAAUGUUUAUCUUGGUAUGCGCGUAGAUGAAUAUCCUCCCGUUUUCUUUACCAUCUGGAUUGAUACGUUCCAACUGAAUUUUGUUGGUAUCAAUUAG